AUGGAUUUCACUCCUCCGCCGAUUGAAGACGGUUACGCGGCGGAGAAGCUUUUCAACAGUGGUUUCUCUUACACAUACGACGACCUAAUCUUUCUCCCUCACUACAUCGACUUCGCCGCAGAUGCCGUCGACCUCUCCACCCGUCUCAGCCGAAAUAUCCCCCUUUCCACUCCCUUUGUCGCCUCUCCCAUGGAUACCGUUUCCGAAUCUUCCAUGGCUUCUGCUAUGGCCGCACUCGGAGGUAUCGCUAUUGUUCACCCGAACAACACUUCCUCACGUCAAGCUGCUUUAAUCCGUGCCGCGAAGUCACGCCGUGUGCCUAUCCUCUCCGAGCCUGUUUUCGUUUCUCCGUCUGAUGUUGUUGAGUCUGAUGAAGAUUUCGCUGCUUCGCCUUUCAUUUUAGUAACAGAAUCCGGUACUUCCACUGGAAAGUUUAUCGGUUUUGUCUCGAAGGCUAAUUGGUCGAAUCAAAACGACAAAAGCCUGAGAGUUUCUGACUAUAUGGAGCCUCCACCGUCUGCUGUUCCAUGGAGCUCCGACCUUGCGAAAAUCGAAGAGGAGUUGGAGAAGAAAAAGGGAAAUAUUGUUGCUUUGGUGAAAGGUGAAGAAGUGGUGGAUUUGGUGACAAAAGAGGAGGUUGAGAGGGUGAGAGGCUAUCCGAGAUUGGUCUCCGGAGGGUCAGUUGGGGCUGAUGGAGAGUGGAUGGUAGGGGCAGCGAUUGGGACGAGGGAGCAAGAUAAAGAGAGGUUAGAGCAUUUGGUGAAAGCUGGAAUAAAUGCUUUGGUGUUGGAUAGUUCUCAAGGGAACUCUAUUUAUCAAUUGGAGAUGAUUAAGUAUGUGAAGAAGGUGUAUCCUGAAUUGGAUGUUAUUGGUGGGAAUGUGGUGACUAUGUAUCAAGCUGAGAAUUUAAUUCAAGCUGGUGUGGAUGGGUUGAGGGUUGGUAUGGGGUCUGGUUCAAUUUGUACAACUCAAGAAGUUUGUGCUGUUGGGCGUGGUCAGGGAACUGCAGUUUACAAGGUCUCAUCCAUUGCUUAUAAAAGUGGAGUUCCUGUAAUUGCGGAUGGCGGCAUCUCAAACUCUGGUCAUAUUGUAAAGGCUUUAUCAUUGGGAGCAUCCACUGUUAUGAUGGGAAGCUUCUUAGCUGGUAGUCUUGAGGCUCCGGGAGCUUAUGUAUAUCAGAACGGCCAACGUGUCAAGAAGUAUAGAGGAAUGGGUUCCCUUGAAGCUAUGACUCAAGGCAGUGAUCAAAGGUACCUCGGUGAUACAGCAAAGCUUAAAAUUGCCCAGGGGGUUGUUGGAGCUGUUAAAGAUAAGGGUUCCGUGUUAAAGUUCAUUCCAUACACUGCACAAGCAGUAAGGCAAGGGUUUCAGGAUAUUGGUGCCAACUCUCUUCAGUCUGCACAUGACCUUCUAAGAUCCAGGGUGUUAAGGCUAGAGGUUCGUACCGGAGCAGCACAGGUUGAAGGAGGAAUUCAUGGGCUGGCUUCUUAUGAAAAGAAAUACUUUUGA